AUGAUUUUCGGUGAAAAUUUAGCAUGGUUACUUAGGCUUUCCUCACAGACUGUGUAUCUGUCAAAUUUUUUAGGAACGCCGCAGCGGAAAAUUCGGGAAGGAGCAAUGGAUGACUAUAACUUUUCAAUUUCAGAUAGUUGGUCAUUUGAGAAUGAUGUUCGUAGUGAGGAGAGUGUCUCCCACAAUAGUCGCGAUUAUACACUAGAAUUUACCACCGACCAGAUUUUUGAAAGUAGAGAAGAUAUGUUAGCUUGGGCGCGGAGCGUUGGUCUAAAAUAUGGUAUUGUGGUGGUUAUUUUAAAUUCUGCUAAGUUAAAAGGCGGCAAAUUGCCGAAGUGCAUUCUUGGUUGUGAAAGAGGAGGAAAGUAUGAACCGCCACGGUAUCUGGUUGAAGGGCAAUCCUUGCAAAGAAACACUAGGACUAGAAAAUGCGAUUGCCCAUUUCAACUGCGAGCAAAACAUAUUGAGGGCCACGAGUACCCGUCAAGGCUAAAACCAGUAGAGAAACAAUUUGUGGCCGACAUGACCAAAAGCACUGCGCCUCGUGAGAUUCUUAAUAUUUUGAAGCAAAAAGACCCGUCAAACACUACGGGAAUCAAGAGCGUUUAUAACACUAUUUUUACAAACAAAGCAGCUAAACUGGACGGUCUAACUCCUAUUCAGUAUGUCAUACGUCAAUUACUUAAGAAACAUUACCUCCAUCAAUUUUUUACAAAUCCGGAUACUAACGAAAUCACAGAUAUUAUUUGGGUUCAUCCUAUGAGUCUAGAGCUAUCUUUCAACUUUCCGUCUGUACUAAUCAUUGAUGCCACGUACAAGACCAAUGAGUAUCGGAAACCACUAUUGGAGGUUGUGGGUAUCACAUCCACAUGGCGAACUUACUCGCUUAUGUUCGGUUAUCUUAGUAAUGAGAAAGAAGAGACAUUGACGUGGGCAUUGAAUAACUUAAAAAACUGGAUGCUUCAAAAGGGGGCGUCGAUGCCAUUGGUGUUUGUUUCAGAUCGGGAUUUAGCGCUUAUGAACGCCAUUGAAGCAUGUUUCCCUACAGCACGUCACAUCUUGUGUAUUUGGCACAUAAAUCAGUGCGUCAUGAAGAACUGCAGCCGUAUGCUUGGUCCGGAAUGGAAGCGCUUCAUCAAGUCAUGGCACUCGCUUAUCAAUUCAUCUACACCUUCGUCUUUCGAACAGAAGUGGCAAGCCAUGUGCAACGAUUUUCGCCAGUUCCCGUAUGUCAUAACUUACCUGUGGCAAACAUGGUUAAGGUCGUACAAAGAGCGGUUUGUUUCAGCAUGGACAGAUACAUGCAUGCACCUCGGAAGCAAUUCAAGUCAAAGAGCAGAGUCUGCACAUGCGAGGCUAAAGACAUAG